AAAUUCUUUGUAAUUGUUAUUUUACUUGUUUUAUUACUUGAGGAUAACUUUUUAAACAUUAAUGUAGCAAUUGUGAAAAAUAUUAAAAAAUUUAAGCAACUAUAUUCUAUUAUAAUAUCUUAUAAUUUUGUGUCUUUGUUUUCAUUUAAUUGUACCUACAUACAUACACAUUAUAAAUUAAAUUUUAUUAUAUUUUGAUUAAGUAAUGAAAGUGAUAUUUAAAUUAUUCACCAAAAAUGAGUUGGUUCGAUACAGCUGGGCUAGCUUCUUUAGCUAAAAAUGCACUUAAGGAAGCCCAAAAGCAUAUAGAUAAGGCAUUAGAUAUUCAGGAUGAAGAUAUGAAUUCAUCGAUUACAAUAGCAACGUCCACAUCUACAACUCCUCCAAUGCCAUACACAGAUAAUACUUGGGGAUCAUUUACGGGAUCAUUCUUCGAUAAUCCAAAAUCAGAUGAAAUGAUAACUACCCCACCAAAAAGUGCAUCAACUUCAUCCACAGAGCUUUUGUCGCCCUUGAUAUCUCCUACAACAAAUGCAUCUUCCAAUUCUGCUAAACGGGAAUCUAUAAACUCCAACUCAGAUUCAGUUGAAUUAAUUUUAUCUCCCCCAACCUCACCUUCUGUAACAAUUUUUAAUUCUGAAUCUGUCGAAGUAAUCAAUACGCCAACACCAACAACAUUUUCCCCAACAGAUAAUAGCUGCGAAGAGCUUGGUUCAAGUCCAAUUGAUUCCAAAGCAAAAUCCUCUGAUAGCGUUGAAAUAAUCGAUCAUCACGAAAUUUUAGAAGAGGAUGAAGAUUCAAUGUCUUUUAACACUGUUAUGGACGAUGAAAUUCCAUUAUCUUCAAAAAAUUUAACAGACAGUACUAAAACUUUAAAACAAAUGCAAUCUAUAGAUCAGUCUCAAAGCACGAGCGAUACAUUAGAUUCUAGUUGUAUUCAAUCAAAAAUGCAAAAUUCUAUAAAGUCAGUUAUUUCAAUUGAAGAAAAUUUUGUGGAUUCCCAAACAGUGUUAUCUGAUUCAACUCAAAGUUUUGAAAAUGUUCAAAUUUUAGAUACCGCUGAGCAUUCAAGCUCCCAUUCGGAUGAAAAAAUUAGUGGGGGUCAAAGUGGUGGUAAUUGCUCGGAGCAUGCAUCUGCUGAUGAAAUCGAAACUACGACAUCUUCCGAUAUCGAAAUUAUUUCUAAUCCUAAUGGUGAUUCUAGCAGCACGAAUAGUGCGUGUCGUAUUACCCCAGUCAAAUAUCAAAAAAGAGCUAAAAAUUAUGCAAAUGCUUCAGCAGACCAUAAUUCUAGAUCACUUAAAAAAGGGCACUGUAGAGAACCAUCAGAAAUUUCAAUACAAUCAGAAGAUUCUCAAUCUGAUUUUGAUAAAUUACAACGUCGAAUUAGUGAGCUAAAUGAAAUUUUAGAAAAUAGAGAAAUAAAACUUUUAGAAUUAAGUCGCCAAAAUGCUACGCUUUUAGAAAAAAACAGUGAAUAUAAAUCGCAACUGGACGCUAAACGCAAAAAUGAUGAUAGUGAAGAACACACGCAAAGGCUUUCGGCAUUGGAAAAAAAAUUUCAAUCUACCAUAAGAGAACGAGACGCAUUAAGAGAUCAGUUAAAUACAAUACGUACUGAGCUUUCUUCGAAAAUACCAAAGGAUGACUUGAAUAAAAUAAUUGCGGAAAAAGACUUCAUGAUUGAGGAAUUAAAAACAGAAGGAGAAAAAUUAUCAAAAAGUGUGCUGCAACAUUCAAAUAUUAUUAAAAAAUUAAGAGCAAAAGAAAAAGAGAGUGAUACUACACUAAAAAAAAAUAAAGAGCAAAUAGAAUCAUUGUCAGACGAAGUCGAGAGACUGAAAAAGUCUUUGACUGCCAAAGAAGAAGUCGAAAGGACACAAAUAGAAGCUAUAAAUAAAUUAUCAUCUAAUAAAAGAAAAUUAGAGAAAGAAAAUGAAACACAAAAAAGUCAAAUUGAAGAUUUAACAUCAAAAAUAGAAACUUUAAGAACUAGUUUAGACGCAGCCAAGAAAGAGUUAUUAGAUAAACAUCAUAGUCAUCAAGAAAUGAGCAAAAAACAAGAAGUAUUAGCGUCAAUUGAAAUUGAAAAUAAGAAUAUACAAUCACAUAAUGCUGAAUUAUGUUCUAAAUUGGAAGAAAUGAGAGAAAAAUUACGAAAUAAUGAAUCGGAACAUUCUGCAAAAGAGCAAAAAUUACGUCAAGAAAAUUUGGAUUUAAUGUCUCGGUUAGAAAAAUCUGAACAAAGGUGUGAAGAAUUGACAAACGAGGUUAGUUUAGCCACAGUUCCAUUGGUAAGACAGUUGGAAGCGUUGCAGUCAACCCUAACUAAUCGGACAAAUUCAUGGGAGAAACAUGAGGAAAAACUUGUUAAAGAACUAACGGAAACUCAAGCGAGUCUAGAAAAUCUAAAGCAUAUAGAAACUCAAUCAACGUUCAAAGAAACGAGUCUUAACACAAAAGUUAAAAAUUUGGAAGAUCAACUUCAAAACGCUUUAUUAAAAUAUGAGCAAGCUAACAGCGAAUUACACCAGAACAUCGUAAAUUUUGAAAUAAAGGAAUCAAUUUAUAAUAAAAAAAUAUCUGAAAUAGAGUUGAAAUUAGAAGAAUCAACAAAACUAGUGAAAGACUAUAGGGCAAAGUUACAAAAAUUAGAAGAACAAAGUAAUCAAUCAAUCGUGUGUGUGACGGGAAGCGAGCAAAGUGAAAUUUUGCCCAAAGAUGUAACUGGCAAUGCAUCAAAUAUAGCUGAAAUUUCGUCAGGUGCAAGUGAUUCAAAUACAAUUGAAGAUGAUCUGAAGCAAAAUGAGAGGAAUCAAUCCCCAACAUUUAGUAUGGAAAGAAAUUCAAUGUCAGAAUCUGUUAUUUCAGCUUGGCAAAUGGAUGAUUUAGAUGCAAUUUCGAAUUCUGGUAGAAGAGGAAUUGGUAAUUUUUAUGAAUUUGGUUUAAGUAGCGCUAGCGUUGGAAGUAUUGGAUCACAUCAACAAAUGCUUCAUUCUACGGCCAUGUUAAGUAUAGAAAAUUUACAAGCGACCCUGAAGCAAAAAGAUGGUGAACUAAGUCAAUUGCAAUGGGAAAAUUCAAGAAUUAAGAGUGAACGAAAUGCAUUAAAUUGUGAAAUAUCUAAUUUAACUUUGGAAUUGGAAAAUAUAAAGGAACGAAUGUCCGGUUUAGAUACAUUGGAAAAAGAAUUUAUGGAACUCAAACAUCAAUAUGAUGCUUUAUUGCAAAUGUAUGGAGAAAAAAUUGAAGAAGCUCAAGAAUUAGAAUUGGAUUUACAAGAUGUCAAAGAGAUGUACAAAGCUCAAAUUGACGAAUUAUUGAAACAACAGAAAGAGUUAUCAUCAUCAAAAUAGCUGUAAUUAAAUACCAUAUAAAAAAAAAGAAAAUAUAACAAAACAAACUUUACCAGCUAUAAAAUUUAUUUCGUACGUCUUUCUUUUUCAGAAAAAUAUUGUGCUUUUUAAAAUUUGUGAUUAUUUUUUUUAUAUAAUUAAUAAACAGUUAAAAUAAUAAAAUAAGCAGUUGUGUAGAAAUAGAAGUUAUAGAUUUAAAAAAUACUUCUUUUAUAAUAAAUAAUUAUAAAAGUAUUAAAUUUAGAAAAAAAACUUUGUAAUGUUAAAAAAGUGUAUUUCGUAUAUUUAUAGCACAGUUUGUUAAAUUGAAACAGGACUUAAGAAUUGAAUAAAUUCACAUUUGAUCCACGUUGAUUAAAAGUAAAAUAGCAAAAUUACACGUCAUGUUUCUGUCCGAAUUUAGUUGUGCAAAAACCAUUAAAAAAUUGUAUUUAACAUAAAUUUUCUCGAAUUAAGUUUUUUAGAUUUAAAACCUAAUAAAUUAUACCAAAAUACCUUCA